GAGAGUGUGUCUGAUGCAGAAACCAGAGCUGUUCCUGCUCCCCACCUCCCAAGGGGCCGCGGGGCCCUGGAGGGCCCCUGCCCUCUCUAGCCAGGCCUGGCAGGGCGGCUGCCUCCCUCUUAUCUCAGCCCAGGCUGCCUGCUGGUCCCGCCCCCUCGGGGGAGCUGCCACUUGGAGACGCCUGGCUGGGAAGGCCUGGUCAGCUGUGUCCGGGGGAGGCAGCUGCGGACCCAGCUGUGGGCUGUGCCAGGGGCGGAAGGGGGGGGCAGGAGCCCUGGGCCCCCCGUGGCAGGAGCUGCAUCAUGUAUCAUCUCCGGGCACCCCUCUGGCCUGGAGUUGGCUCCCUCUGUCUCCUGCUUGCUGGUGCAGCCUGGGCUCCCUCACCCAACCCAGUGGACCCCAAGUUUGAAAGCAAAGGUAAGGGUGGAGCUGAGUGUGGGCCCCCGCACUGGGUCCUGGAGGGCAAUGCUGGGGCCUGAACUUCCAGCCUGUGUUCCUGGGGGACAUGCCAGGUUCUGAACCUGAGUCUGUGUCCUGGUGCCCAAGCUGGUGUCUGAAGCCGAGACUGGGACCUGAUAUGGCAUGCCGGGGUCUAUAUGCCCAGACUGGGUUCUGUGGGAGAAGCUAGAGAGGGGCAUAAGUGUUCUGUUUUAUCUUUUCAAGGAGUCUGGGACAUGCUAAACACUAAAUGGGGCGGGGGUGGUGCUGGCUCUAGGCCCUGUAGUCUAGAGUCCCUGCGGGGAGGGGACCUAGCCGACCCUCUGGUGGAGGAGGGAGGAUAAAACCCGGGUCCGAGUCAGAGGGGACGGGCCCCAGGCGACUAUAAACAGGGUUUGCGUGUGGGCGCCACAUCUCUGGGUCCGCGGGGUUGAUGGAGGGGGUGGGGGGCACGGUUGGCGCUAUCGGACAGCCGGGAGCCUGCCGGGGCUGAUAGGGGACCCCGCCUCCUGCACACACACUCACCCGCAGGCACGUCCAGGGCUGGGGCGGGCCGGCAGCGGGAGGCGGAGACCUUGAAUGCUGCGCUCCGCUCAGCAGGUUGCGGGGUGGGCGGGUGCGUGUGGGGAGACACAAGACAAGCAACCUACGCUUGGGUGUUCGGGGGGCAGCAGUUCUGCGGACCCCUCGAAAGGCCUCGCGGAAGCAGAGAGCGGGGCGGGGCUUUUUUCUUAUCAGUCCGCACAGGCGGAAGGAGCGAGGGGAGGAUGCUCUGGCCCGAGGACGGGGCUCGGGUCCCCUGACCCCCUCCCCUGGCCCCCACCCCCAGCGGCCCUGCUGACAGCCCGCGAGCCUGAAGAGUUUCUCUGCUUCACCGAGCGGUUGGAGGACUUGGUGUGUUUCUGGGAGGAAGCGGCAAGCGCCGGGGUCGGCCCGGACAACUACAGCUUCUCCUACCAGCUCGAGGGUGAGCCGUGGAAGCCGUGCCGCCUGCAUCAGGCGCCCACCGCGCGCGGCUUGGUGCGUUUCUGGUGCUCGCUGCCUACAGCCGACACGUCGAGCUUCGUGCCCCUAGAGCUGCGCGUCACUGCGGCCUCCUCGGGCGCUUCACGCUACCGCCGUACCAUCCACGUCAACGAAGUGGUGCUCCUAGACCCUCCCGCUGGGCUGCUGGCGCGGCGGGCCGACGAGGGCGGCCACGUGGUACUGCGCUGGCUCCCGCCGCCUGGGGCACCCAUGGCAAGCCUUACCCGCUAUGAGGUGAACAUCUCUGCAGAGAACGCCGCAGGUGGUGCGCAGAGGGUGGAGAUCCUCGACGGCCGCACUGAGUGCGUGCUGAGCAACCUGCGGGGCGGAACGCGCUACACCUUCAUGGUUCGGGCGCGUAUGGCCGAGCCGAGCUUCGGUGGCUUCUGGAGCGCCUGGUCCGAGCCUGCAUCGCUGCUGACAGCUAGUGACUUGGACCCCCUCAUCCUGACGCUUUCCCUCGUCCUCGUGCUCAUUCUGCUGCUGCUGGCCGUGCUAGCCCUGCUCUCCCACCGCCGGACUCUGAAGCAGAAGAUCUGGCCUGGCAUCCCAAGCCCCGAGAGCGAGUUUGAGGGCCUCUUCACCACCCACAAGGGUAACUUCCAGCUGUGGCUGUACCAGACUGAUGGCUGUCUGUGGUGGAGCCCCUGCACCCCCUUCACAGAGGGCCCAACUGCCCCCCUGGAAGUCCUCUCUGAGCGCUGCUGGGGGGUGACACAGGCAGUAGAACCAGGGGCAGAUGAUGAGGGGCCCUUGCUGGAGCGGGUGGGCAGCGAGCAUGCCCAAGACAGCUACCUGGUGCUGGACAAGUGGUUGCUGCCCCGGAGCCUGCCUAGCGAGGACCUCCGACAGCCUGGUGGUGAUCUGGACAUAGCAGCCAUGGAUAAAGCCUCAGAAGCAUCCUCUUGUUCAUCCGCUUUGGCCCUGAAGCCUGGGCCAGAGGGGGCCUCAGCUGCCAGCUUUGAGUACACCAUCCUGGACCCCAGCUCCCAGCUCUUGCGCCCGAGGGCACUGCCCCCUGAGCUGCCCCCGACCCCACCCCACCUGAAGUACCUGUAUCUCGUGGUGUCUGACUCUGGCAUCUCAACUGACUACAGCUCAGGGGGUUCCCAGGAAGCCCAGAGGGGCUCACCCAAUGGCCCCCACUCCAACCCUUAUGAGAACAGCCUCGUCCCAGUCCCCAAGCCUUCAACCCCGAGCUACGUGGCCUGCUCCUAGGACUCCAGCCCUCAGAUGCACGGGGACCGAGAAUGACCUCAAAUGCUACUCCAGGCCCAAGAUUUAUCCAGCAGUCAGUGAGGCCUGUUGACCUUGGCUUUCUGCUCAAUUCAUCCUGCUUAGAAAGUCACAACCUUGCAGUAUUUUUAAGUGUACAGUUUUUUUGUGUGUAGAUAUAUAUAUAUGCACAUAUAUAUAAAUAUAUAU